AUGGUGGAUAACAUUUACCAACAAUUGUCAAGGCUGGUGAUAGACGAUCGACAAAAAUCACUUGGUCCUGAACAUGUUGAUGUAGCUACGACAUUAAACAAUCUUGGUAAUGUGUAUUAUGAUACCAACAAACAUGCCAAAGCCGAAGAGUGUUAUAAAAACACGUUGGAAUUUCGACAAAAAUCACUAGAUCCUGAACAUGUUGAUGUAGCUAGGACUUUUCAUGAUCUUGGUAACGUGUACCAUUAUACUAAAGAAUAUGACAAAGCUAGAGAAUUUUACGAAAAAGCGCUUGAAAUUAAACAAAUAUCACUUGGUCCUGAACAUGUUGAUGUAGCUAUGACUUUAAGCUCUCUUGGUAAUGUGUAUUAUGAGACCAAGAAACAUGCUAAAGCGAAAGAGUGUUAUGAAAAAGCGUUAGAAAUUCGACAAAAAUCAACUAACAAACAUGCCAAAGCCAAAGAAUGUUAUAAAAAAUCGUUGGAAAUUGCACAAAAAUCACUAGGUCCUGAACAUAUUGAUGUAGCCAUGUUUUUACACUCUCUUGAAUUUGACAAAGCAAGACAUUACUACGAAAAAGCACUGGAAAUUCGACAGAAAUCACUAGAUCCUGAACAUAUUGAUAUCGCUAGGACUUUUUAUGAUCUUGCGUUGGAAAUUCGACAAAGAUCGCUAGGUCCUGAAGAUGUUGAUGUAGCUACGACUUUGAACAAUCUUGGUAAUGUGUAUUAUGAGACCAAGCAAUAUGCCAAAGCUAAAGAGUAUUAUGAAAAAGCGUUGGAAAUUCGACAAAAAUCACUAGGUCCUGAACAUGUUGAUGUAGCUAUGACUUUACUUGGUAAUGUGUAUUAUGAGACCAAGCAAUAUGCCAAAGCCAAAGAGUGUUAUGAAAAAGCGUUGGAAAUUCGACAAAAAUCACUAGGUCCUGAACAUGUUGAUGUAGGUGCGACUUUUUAUAACAUUGGUAAUGUGUACCUUGAUACUAAAGAAUAUGACAAAGCGAGAGAAUCUUACGAAAAAGCGCUUGAAAUUAAACAAAUAUCACUUGGUCCUGAACAUGUUGAUGUAGCUAUGACUUUAAGCUCUCUUGGUAAUGUGUAUUAUGAGACCAAGAAACAUGCUAAAGCGAAAGAGUAUUAUGAAAAAGCGUUGGAAAUUCGACAAAAAUCACUAGGUCCUGAACAUGUUGAUGUAACAAAGAAACAUGCCAAAGCGGAAGAGUGUUAUGAAAAAGCGUUAGAAAUUCGAAAAAAAUUACUAGCUCCUGAAGAUGUUGAUGUAGCUACGACUUUAAACAAUCUUGGUAAUGUGUACCAUUGUACUAAACAAUAUGACAAAGCAAGAAAAUUUCAUGAAAAGGCGUUGGAAAUUCGUCAAAAAUCACUAGGUCCUGAAGAUGUUGAUGUAGCUAACACUUUAAAAAAUCUUGGCAUUGUGUACCAUUGUACUAAAGAAUAUGACAAAGCGAGAGAAUUUUACGAAAAGGCAUUGGAAAUUCAAGAAAAAUCACUUGGUCCUGAACAUGUUGAUGUAGCUGUGACUUUUUAUAAUCUUGGCAAUGUGUACCUUGAUACUAAAGAAAAUGAUAAAGCGAGAGAAUUUCACGAAAAAGCGCUGGAAAUUCGACAAAAAUUACUAGUUCCUGAACAUGUUGAUGUAGCUAAAGCGUUGGAAAUUCGACAAAAAUCACUUGGUCCUGAAUAUGUUGAUGUAGCUACGACAUUAAACAAUCUUGGUAAUGUGUAUUAUGACACCAACAAACAUGCCAAAGCCGAAGAGUGUUUUAAAAACGCGUUGGAAAUUCGACAAAAAUCACUAGAUCCUAAACAUGUUGAUGUAGCUAGGACUUUUCAUGAUCUUGGUAACGUGUACCAUUAUACUAAAGAAUAUGACAAAGCUAGAGAAUUUUACGAAAAAGCGCUUGAAAUUAAACAAAUAUCACUUGGUUCUGAGCAUGUUGAUGUAGCUACGACUUUGAACUCUCUUGGUAAUAUGUAUUAUCGUAUUGAAGAAUAUGACAAAGCAAGAGAAUUUCACGAAAAAGCGUUGGGAAUUCGACAAAAGUCACUUGGUCCUAAACAUGUUGAUGUGGCUUGGACUUUAAACAUUCUUGGUAAUGUGUAUUAUAACACCAACAAGUAUUCCAAAGCAAAAGAGUGUUAUGAAAAAGCGUUGGAAAUUCGACAAAAAUCACUUGGUCCUAAGCAUGCUGAUGUAGCUACGACUUUGAACGAUCUUGGUAUUGUGUAUUAUUAUACCAACAAAUAUGCCAAAACAAAAGAGUGUUAUGAAAAAGCGUUGGAAAUUCAACAAAAAUCACUAGGUCCUGAACAUGUUUAUGUAGCUACGACUUUAAACAAUCUUGGUAAUGUGUAUUAUUGUGCUAAAGAGUACGACAAAGCAAGAGAAUUUCACGAAAAAGCGUUAGAAAUUCGACAAAAAUCACUUGGUCCUAAACAUGUUGAUGUAGCUUGGACUUUAAAUAUUCUUGGUAAUGUGUAUUAUGGGACCAACAAUCUUGCCAAAGCUAAAGAGUGUUAUGAAAAAGCAUUGAAAAUUCGACAACAAUCACUUGGUCCUGAACAUGUUGAUGUAGCGACGACUUUAAACAAUCUUGGUAAUGUGUAUUACCGUACUAAAGAACAUGACAAAGCAAGAGAAUUUCACGAAAAAGCGUUGGAAAUUCGACAAAAAUCACUUGGUCCUAAACAUGUUGAUGUAGCUUGGACUUUAAACAUUCUUGGUAAUGUGUUUUAUAAUACCAACAACUAUGCCAAAGCAAAAGAGUGCUAUGAAAAAGCGCUAGAAAUUCGACAAAAAUCACUUGGUCCUAAACAUGUUGAUGUAGCUACGACUUUAAACGAUCUUGGUAUUGUAUAUUAUUAUACCAACAAAUAUGCCAAAGCUAAAGAGUGUUAUGAAAAAGCGUUGGAAAUUCAACAAAAAUCACUAGGUCCUGAACAUGUUUAUGUAGCUACGACUUUAAACAAUCUUGGUAAUUAUUGCCGUACUAAAGAAUAUGACAAAGCAAGAGAAUAUCACGAAAAAGCGUUAGAAAUUCGUCAAAAAUCACUUGGUCCUAAACAUGUUGAUGUAGCUUGGACUUUAAAUAUUCUUGGUAAUGUGUAUUAUGGGACCAAAAAUCUUGCCAAAGCUAAAGAGUGUUAUGAAAAAGCAUUGAAAAUUCGACAACAAUCACUUGAAUAUGACAAAGCUAGAGAAUUUUACGAAAAAGCGCUUGAAAUUAAACAAAUAUCACUUGGUUCUGAGCAUGUUGAUGUAGCUACGACUUUGAACUCUCUUGGUAAUAUGUAUUAUCGUAUUGAAGAAUAUGACAAAGCAAGAGAAUUUCACGAAAAAGCGUUGGGAAUUCGACAAAAGUCACUUGGUCCUAAACAUGUUGAUGUGGCUUGGACUUUAAACAUUCUUGAGUACGACAAAGCAAGAGAAUUUCACGAAAAAGCGUUAGAAAUUCGACAAAAAUCACUUGGUCCUACACAUAUUGAUGUAGCUUGGACUGUAAACAUUCUUGCUAAAGAGUGUUAUGAAAAAGCAUUGAAAAUUCGACAACAAUCACUUGGUCCUGAACAUGUUGAUGUAGCGACGACUUUAAACAAUCUUGGUAAUGUGUAUUACCGUACUAAAGAACAUGACAGAGCAAGAGAAUUUCACGAAAAAGUGUUGGAAAUUCGACAAAAAUCACUUGGUCCUGAACACGUUGAUGUAGCUUGGACUUUAAACAUUCUUGGUAAUGUGUAUUAUUCUACUAAAGAGUACGACAAAGCAAGAGAAUUUCACGAAAAAGCGUUGGAAAUUCGUGAAAAAUCACUUGGUCCUGAACACGUUGAUGUAGCUUGGACUUUAAACAUUCUUGGUAAUGUGUAUUAUAAUACCAACAACUAUGCCAAAGCAAAAGAAUGUUAUGAAAAAGCGCUAGAAAUUCAACAAAAAUCACGUGGUCCUAAACAUGUUCAUGUAGCUACGACUUUAAAUGAUCUUGGUAUUGUGUAUUAUUAUACCAACAAAUAUGCCAAAGCCAAAGAGUCGUUGGAAAUUCGAGAAAAAUUACUUAGUCUUGAACAUGUUGAUGUAGCCAAGACUUUAAAUAAUCUUGGUAAUUUGUAUCAUCGUAAUAAAGAAUAUGACAGAGCAAAAGAAUUUUAUGAAAGAGCGCAGUCAAUUCGAAAAAAAUCAAUUGCUUCGGAUCAUGUUGUUGUUACUGAAUCUUCGAACAGUAUUGAAAUAAAGUCUGGUGAUACUGCUGAUGCUGAAACCCCUUCAAAUUUCCACGUUCAUACGGAGAAAAUAAGAGAUACAAACAAGGAAAUACAAGAAGAGUGUGAGACCGACGAUUCGAGUGAAAGCGAAGACGAAGACGAAGACAUUGCUGACUUCAAAAAGAAAUUUCUUGAUGAAAACUGCAAGAUCCGUCCUGAAGUUUGGAAAAAACUAAAUAGUUUUUCGUGGUUGAACGGAGAAUUUGGAAUAAAAUGGCUUCCUAAGCCUUCUUUUUAUGUGACCGCGAGCGAUGUAAAAAAAGAAGAUGUAAUUAGAUGUAUUGAGAAUGAAUUUGGAAGAGAGGAUUCUAAAUACUUUGAAUUUCGUAUCGAAGAUUUAAAGGAGAAACCAAAAUUUCGACUUUUAUCGAACAUAAAAGUUAAACAAAAGCAUUGUACUUUGUCUGAACAAAAUGAUGUUUAUGAUAAUCAUCGGAUUUCAAAUGGCACAUUGACUAUGUUUUGCUGCAAAGAGAAACAGCAUUUCGCCUUGACUUGUGCCCACGUAGCAUGUAUUUCUGAUCGUCAAGAAUGUCAAAAAACGUUUAACUCACCUAACGACGUCAAAGAAGUAUAUGAAUCACUUAAAGCAAUAGAAGCUGGAUUGACCAAUUGCAGUGAAUAUUUCUAUAUUUCCCCUGAAGGUAAUGAAAUUAGACUUGGUGAGCAAGCCUUCUUCAAAUAUAAUGAUGAAAAUGACAUAAUGGUAAUAAAGGUUGAAAAUGAUGCCAAUGAUCCGUCCAUUGAUUGCACUAAAGCUCUUUUCGACGUAGAUAUUCCUCGUCAAUGGAAUAAAACAUGGGAUAGAUUGCCCGAUAAAAUAAGGAAAAAAAAAGGUGUUGAAAUGAAAAAGAACGGUUGCAGCAAAACAGGAAAACUUGUUGAUAUCAACUAUGGGUGCAGGUACAAUGGCCAACUCCUAUUUAAAAAUGCUCUUAGGGUGGAGAGUAGCGAAGAUUUUCUUCGACAUGGUGAUUCGGGAGUUCUCGUGUAUUUUGAGGAUAAAAGAAGAGGGGUAAACGUGCCUUUAGGAUACGGCGUUUUGCAAAAUGAAAAAGAAAGCAAUACUUAUGUUUGCCUUCGACUAGAUGAAGCUUUGAAGGCUUUUGGUUUAACUGGGUGUGGUUGCUACAAGACUGGGUGCGGUUGGGCACAUAAAUAGAUAAAACUCUUUGUUGGCUUUUUUUAACUUUCUUACUUUUUAAAACAAUUCAACUGAUUUUUAGUAUUUUUCGAAAAAUUAGUUGCUUUUAUACGUAACGGUAAAAAAAUGGCAGUCGAGUGCCCGGUCUACUAAACCUCGAUGCAGACUUUUUAAAUACAUACAUGGUAUAACGCUCAUUUAUAGGCACAGUAUAAAGCACAGUAAGAUUGUAAUUCUGGCAAGUAUUUAUUUGCAAGAACGAUGCUAAAUUAAAUCGAUUAGAC